CCGGAGGGGUCGUGCGGCGGCCGCCCGCGGGGGUCAGUCUGGUGUGUGGGUGAGAAGUGGGGCUGGGGUCGCGGUCUUCGGGACUCGCGAGCCGGACCCCCGCGCAGCCCGCGGGGGGGAGCGCGCGUCUCCCUUCCGGAGGGAGCCGGAUAAACGAGUCACGUUUUACGACCACAUCAGCGGAUCCGUUCCAAAAGAAUCCUUGGCAUUUGGCCGCAGCGCGGGGCCCUAACGGCUGCGGAGCGAGCCCCGCGGAAGGCAGUGGCGCCGUUAUUGCCACUCCCGGGCGCGGCGACCUGGGACAGCGGAGAAGCGUGGGGGGCCCCGGAGACGGACGGUUGAGCGGAGCCGCAGGGCCCAACUGCAGUUGCCGGGUCCGGGUGGUGGACACGCUGAGCUGUCCCAGUGGCCGGCAGGUGGGAGGACCAGCCCGCGAGCUGGGAUCGGGUCCAGGAAGCAGUACCUUGAAGAGGAGUUGGAGGGAGAGUCAAUUCUUAGUAUAGCAGAGAGAUGGAGCGCAACAAACAGGUUGUCACAGCGCCUCUGAUCUUUGCCAUCUCCAUUGCUACAAUAGGCUCUUUCCAGUUUGGCUACAACACCGGAGUCAUCAAUGCUCCUGAGAUGAUCAUAAAGGACUUUCUCAAUUACACCCUGGAGGAGACGUUGAGCGACCGUCCCACUGAGGUGUUACUCACUUCCCUCUGGUCCUUGUCUGUGGCCAUCUUCUCCGUUGGUGGUAUGAUUGGCUCCUUCUCCGUUGGACUCUUUGUCAACCGCUUUGGCAGGCGCAAUUCAAUGCUCAUUGUCAACCUCUUGGCUGUCGCUGGUGGCUGCCUUAUGGGGUUCUGCAAAAUAGCCCGGUCGGUUGAAAUGCUGAUCCUGGGCCGCUUGGUUAUUGGCCUCUUCUGCGGCCUCUGCACAGGUUUUGUGCCCAUGUACAUCGGCGAGGUCUCUCCCACUGGCCUCCGGGGGGCCUUUGGCACUCUCAACCAGCUGGGCAUCGUCAUCGGGAUCCUGGUGGCUCAGAUCUUUGGUCUGAAAGUCAUCAUGGGGACUGAAGAGCUUUGGCCCCUGCUUUUGGGCUUCACCAUCAUUCCAGCUGUCCUGCAAAGCGCAGCCCUUCCGUUCUGCCCCGAGAGUCCUAGAUUUUUGCUCAUCAACAGAAAGGAAGAGGAGAGUGCUAGGGACAUCCUCCAGCGAUUGUGGGGCACCCAGGACGUGACUCAGGACAUCCAGGAGAUGAAAGAUGAGAGCACCAGGAUGGCACAAGAGAAGCAAGCCACGGUGCUGGAGCUCUUCAGGUCACGGAGCUACCAGCAGCCCAUUAUGAUUUCCAUCAUGCUCCAGCUGUCCCAGCAGCUGUCUGGAAUCAAUGCUGUGUUCUAUUAUUCAACUGGAAUCUUCAGAGAUGCAGGUAUUGAGGAGCCAAUCUAUGCCACCAUCGGCACGGGUGUAGUGAAUACCAUCUUCACUGUUGUCUCUCUGUUUCUGGUGGAAAGGGCAGGGAGGAGGACUCUCCAUAUGACUGGCCUUGGAGGGAUGGCUGUUUGUUCCAUCUUUAUGACCAUCUCAUUGUUACUAAAGGAUGAGUAUAAUUGGAUGAGCUUUGUUUGCAUCGGGGCUACCCUGGUCUUUGUGGCCUUCUUUGAAGUUGGCCCAGGCCCCAUUCCCUGGUUUAUCGUGGCCGAACUCUUCAGCCAAGGACCCCGCCCGGCCGCGAUGGCAGUGGCUGGUUGUUCCAACUGGACCUCCAACUUCCUGGUCGGGCUCCUGUUCCCUUCAGCUGCAUUCUAUUUAGGAGCCUAUGUUUUUAUCAUCUUCACUGGCUUCCUCAUUGUCUUCUUGGUCUUGACCUUCUUCAAAGUCCCUGAGACUCGUGGCCGGACUUUUGAGGAAAUCACACGAGCCUUCGAGGGGCAGGCUCGGGAGGCUAACAGAGCUGGGAAUGUCCCCACCGUGGAGAUGAACAGGAUCCAGCCCAUGAAGUAAACCCCACCGUCUAAGCCAUGCCUCCUUCCCGCCUCCCUCCCAACAUGGAAAAGCAACCUCUCCCCAGAUGAGGGAGAGACCUCAUCAGCUUGUAACCCAGGACUGUUUCUGAAUGCUGCUACUUGAUUCCUUUCUCAUCCCACAGAGGAAACCAGUGCAGGAGUUAGUUGUAUCAUUAAUGGCUUUCAAAACAUUUCAUUUCUUGGACAUUCUCUUCUGUUUAGGAGAGACCAAGCAAACCUACCCUCAUUUCAGGAGGCAUUGGCCACUUGCCAUCUGACAGCAUUGUCGUCUCUUCCUCCCUUGGGUUCUAAUAGGGCCUCACCAGGGCCAGUAGGGGAGGGGAGUAAGAGUGAGGUGCAGUUUCCCCGACCCCCGACUUCCCAGGAAGCAGAUCUAUGAGUGUGGAGGGCAGAGAGGGAUUACAUAAGAGCACCUCCCUCGCUUCCAUACAGCUCUGCAGAGCAAAUUAACUUGAGUUUUAUUUAUUUUAUCUUCUGGUUUUAUUGCAUAAAUAUUUAUUUUUUUAAGUGUAAAAUAAUUUUA